UAGACCCGGCUGAGACAGGGUUCACCGGCAAGCAGGCGCUGCACGACGAUAGUGAGGCAAUGCGAAUGACUUACCAUUCACGUAAAAAAUAUAUAUGGUAGCCAUUCUCCUUUAAGGAAUUCCAACGGGUUGCUGGUAUCAUUAUAUAUUUUUUUUUUCUGGAAGGCAAAACGGAGAUAGGUGCUGUCAAGAAGGCACGACUAGCCCACCUGAACGGUCAGUUUCCCCUGCCCGCCACUCAACCAGCUUUCCAAAACCCAGAACAUGAGCAGAGCGACGAGCAAAGGAAAUCGAAAUGCAGUUUGAUAUGGAUGUACUGGAAAAUGUAAACACGGCCACAUUCUUGAACCUGCUUAAUCCAAUUCAGUAUUACGGGAAGUCGGAGCCUAUCGUGGCAUUUCAUGUAUGGCUCUAGUGAGAUACAAAAUAUUGGGCGAAAAAAGCUGAAAAAAGUAACUGACAGGUCUGCAAAGCCUGUCUACUAUUCCUAUAAAUGAUGCGUCCCUGGGUUUAUACCAAACCACCAGAUGGAGACUGGGGAUGGAUGAUUGUGCUUUCACUGUUUCUGGAGUCAGCUCUGGUCUUCGGGCUUAUCCGAUCAUUUGGGGUCUUCUUUGUGGAGUUUACAAAGUACUUUGAGCAGCCUGCAAGUUCUGUGUCCUGGAUCACAUCCAUUGGAGUAGCCUUGCAGCAGUUUGCAAGUCCUAUUGCCAGUGCCUUAUGUAACAAAUAUGGAGCAAGGCCAGUGGUGAUGAUCGGUGGAGUGUUGGCAAGUUCAGGAAUGAUUGUGGCAUCUUUAGCUGCCACUAACCUUCUGCAUUUAUAUUUAUCCAUUGGCCUUCUGUCAGGUCUGGGCUGGGCUCUGGUUUUUACUCCCACUGUAGCGUCAGUGACUCGCUACUUUGUGAAAAGACGCACACUGGCCACAGGUAUAGGCUUCACUGGAAUUGGAGUUUCUUCCUUUGCCUUCUCACCACUCUUCCAACUGCUAGUAGAGAUGUAUGGCUGGCGAGGUGCCCUCCUCAUCCUUGGGGGGCUAAGCUUAAACCUUGUGGUAUGUGGAGCUCUUCUGAGGCCCUUAGUACUCCUAGAUGACCAAGUUAGAUCUAGCACCCAGAGCCAUUCUCAGAAGUUGUAUUGUCACUCCUGGAUGUCAUGGCAGAGACUAAGUGAACUGUUAGACUUAUCCCUACUUUGCCACAAGUCAUUUCUUACCUAUGUGGCUGCUAUCACAUUCAUCAAUACUGGCUAUUUUGUACCUUAUGUCCAUCUUGUGGCACACGGAAGGCUUACUGGCCUCAGUGAAUAUGAGGCAGCCUUUGUGAUGUCGGCUACAGCCGUAACAGAUUUAUUUGGCCGAGUGGCAUCAGGAUGGUUCUCAGACCUGCACAAAUUCCGUUUGGUGCAUAUUUUGGCAUUCCUGAAUGGUCUUACUGGGAUCUCCCUGCUCCUCAUUCCCCUUGGCACAUCUUUCAUCUCUCUGCUGGCACUUGGCCUUAUAUAUGGUUUCUUCUCUGGAGCAUUGACACCAGUAGUGUUUUCACUUUUGCCUGAAAUUGUUGGACUUGGUCGUAUCUUCAGUGCACUGGGGCUCUUUCAGAUGAUUGAAAGCAUUGGAGGACUACUUGGUGCACCUCUGUCAGGCUGGCUUCGGGAUAUCACCGGAUCCUUCACUGCCUCCUUCAUGGUUGCGGGAGGACUACAUUUAGCAGGAUCUUUUAUGCUGUCUUUUCUUCCUCAGUUCUGUUCCUUUGGGAAUCCUAACAGCCAAAGGCCUGAGCUCCGAGAACUGUCUAAUGGAAGCAGGCCCCUAAACGACUCUAGUCAGCUUGAUUUUCCGACGCAAGAGCACUCAACAGUGGAAGUCGAGCAGAGCAGCACCUAAUUUUUACCAUGUCUUCAGGACUGUAAGAGAAAAUAGCUGUUCUUAUCAUGGUGUUCUUUGGGCCAGUAAAACUGAUAAAGACGCGACCAAAAAAACAUGUUGCUAUUGUGAGCAGCUGAGUUUACUCAAGACUAAACAUACUUUUUUAUGGUUCCUUGCGUAAGAAAUCAAAAGUGUUACAUCUUUAACAUGGUCAGGUGUUUCUGCAGAUCCAGGCAAUGUUUACUCCUCUGGUCUCAAGGAUGAUGUAUCCAUUUAAUUUGAUUUGUUUCCUAAUUACCAGAUCUCAGUGGAAACAUUGAUUCAUUGUCUUAAUAUGUGCAGUACUUCUGAUUAAUAUUUCAUUUUAGGUUAGUUAUUUUCAGUUCUGCAUCUUUAUGCCAAACCAGCAUAUUACAUCGAUUCAGUGUUUUGUUUUGUUUUUGGCUUUUAACAAAUCAUAUAAUUACUGUGAAAUUUAAAAAAAAAAAAAACAGAGAGGGUGAAGCAGAUACCCUAAAACUUGCAACAAGUAAGUAAAAUAUAUAUGCUGUAUGGAUAGAUAUAUCACAGUCAUGGCCAAAAUUAUUGGCACCCCUGGAAUUUUC